UCUCUCUCUCCAGUGCCAUACCAGGUGAGGUGCUCGCUUUUUAUUUCGUUUUUACUCUUGAUCUCUCUUCAGUAUCUAAAUCUUCGUCUACAAUUAAGAGGGCCUUUUGCUAGGCCCCCCCAAUUCCUGUUUUAGGAAGAGGAAUGAAAUACAUGCUUCUAUCAGUUUCGUCUUAUGCUAGCAGGCACGCAUAUUUAGCGGCAAAAGAUGACACGCAUGACAACACCUUUCGAAUUUAACGUUGGAGAUAGAUUUAAUCCGAAUGAUGAAGAACUAACGUAUCAUUAUCUAAUGCAAAAAUUACUUGGGAAUGAUCACCUAGUCAGCAGAAUCCCCCUACUUGAUCUCUACCAGUUUGAUCCGUCCGAUUUACCUUAUUUUGCUGGGACAGAUUCAAAUGAUGGAGAAGGACAUUUCUUUUCUCCUCUCCAUACCAAGUUGGGCACAAAUAACGGGAGAAUCAAUAGGUCAACAGGCGCUGGUUCAUGGCUAGCUACAGGAAAGCAUUGUGAGAUAACAUCUCAACAUAAUGGGGAAGUGAAUAGUGGUAUCAGAAAGAUUUAUGUUUAUUUUAAAGAUGGGAUCAAGUAUGUGAUGCAUGAGUACAGUAUACCCAACCUGAGUACUUCUCUAGUUCUGUGUAAAGUAAUGAAGAAGAUGCCAAGUAAGAAGAGUGGAGGAACAUGUAAGAAGGUUAAAAAGAGAAAGGAGGCGGCUGAGCUGCCACUGCCAAUAUGUAACGAGGAUAAUAGCACUCUAGCAUCUGGUGUAAUGAAGAAGAAGAUGUCAGUUAAGAAGAGUGAAGGACCAAGUAAGAAGGUUAAAAGGACAGAUGAGAAGGCUGAUAUGCCAUAUAACAAGGAAAAUAUUACUCCAGUACCAGAUGAAGGUUCUGAUUUAGAAAACUGGAUUACCAGUGAUAAGAGUGAUUUUUCAACCUAUAAUAAUAUUAUCGAUAAUAAAGAUCAGCAGACUGAGAAAUCUACCUGUGAUAAUGGCGGAACUCCUGCUUCUGCAUACCCUGUUGCAGAUUUUACAACUCUAGAAGAUCAGGUAGACCCUGAAAUACUACCACAUCUACAAUCGUUCCCUGGUUAUGAUCAGCUGGAUUAUAGCCGUUAUGAUCACUUCACCCAAGUUGAUCCAUCACUGACAGAGAAAGUCAGCACUAACAAUGGCCCUGCAGGAACUUCCAUGUUCGUCCCAGAGGAUGAUCAGUUCAACGAGCCUGAAACUUUUUGGAAAUAUUUGCUUUCCAAUACCCUGUAAUGUACCGAUAAGAACAAUAAACCAGAAGGUAGAAAGUAAGAAACAAACUGCCUUUCCCCCUAAGUUGGAUGAUCACUGGGGUUAAUAUUAACACUAGUAAUCAGUAGCUGUUUAUGUACCUUGCAGCAGAAGUGUGUGCUUUCUGUAAGUGGUUGUCUAUGUUAGUUUUAUUCUGUAGAUGAGCAGCUUGGUUCUGCAAAGGUAGUUGAACCUCUGUAUUCCAUCAACUCUGUUGUCUAGUUUGAUGAAAUAAUUAUCUAGAACCAACUAA